CGGAGCGGAUCGGAGCUGGGAGGAGUUCUACUUGGGGGACAUUACAGUCCCCCAAAAGGGGCGUUUGUUUUCGGGAACAGGAAAGCAACUACAUCAACAACAACGAGAUGGAGGCGCGGGCAGAAUCGUACCCAAAUUCAUCUUCAGCUUCAAGCGACGCAGGACCGCUAGUUCAAGUUUCAUUUCAGAAGGAUCCAAACCGAAAACGGAAGUAUCUGGAGUCAGAACCCAAAGCACUCGGGUGCACUCAGAUUGUACUCGCAAUCUUCCUGGUGAACGCCGGUUUCCUCAAUGGGACAACUUGGUUGAGUGUAAUGGAAAUCCUAAAUGGAAUCUUUCCCAUUAUUGCUGGAAGUGUGGCCAUUGCAGCACAGAAUCUUUCACUACCAGCACUUAGGGGCUGUUUGGGACUGCAGAUUUUCACCAGCAUAGCCUGUGGAAUCACCUUCCUGUGUAGGCUUACCCAGCUAGAAGACAUGCAUUAUUAUGAGUGCCGUUUUAUGUCAUACGAACUGAACGGAACGGUCCAUCACAAAGCAUGCACAAUGUUGUUGCAGGCGGAGGACCAUUAUUCUGCUGAGAUCAAAGUGGUCAUGACAGCAGUUAUCGGCAUCUCUAUCACACUGGCGGCCUACUGCUGCAAAGUCAUCCAGUGCUGUUCGCCAGCCAGUUUUACGCCUGUGAUCACUGUGAGCGCACCUCCGCCCCCCGAAGUGAGGAGAGAAGACCGAGAGGGGGAGAGCCCAAGCGAUGCAUAAGCCUGUUGCCAACGGAUGCAUUGAUUUCUUUCCAUUAGCCUACACUACACUAUUUUACAUUUUUAUACUUAUUUUUUUAUACUUUGUUUACAUCGUUUCCCCAAAAGGAAAAUGAAAAUGAAAAUGAAAACCAUAUUUUUGAGACAGUGACUUUCUCUCACUGACUUCACUUAAGCUGAUGCAAUAUAAACUACAAAAACAACAUACGGUACCUGUAAGAUUCUUGUAUUACUAAAAUUAACAUUCAGUACAUUACGUAAAUAGUAUAAGUAUAUAUACUCUUCUGAUCCCGUGAGGGAAAUCUGGUCUCUGCAUUUAUCCCAACCUGUGAAUUAGUGAAAUACACAUAGCGAGGUGAAGUACACCCUAACCCAAAGUAGUGAGUUGCCUGCUCAACAGCGGCGCUCGGGGAGCAGUAAGGGGUUAGGUGCCUUGCUUAAAGGGUCACUGCACCCUAAAAUAGGUUUUUUGAGCUGUUGAUUGAUUGAAAAUACUUAUAAGUGGUGAACUGUACUAUUACCAGGGUUAAUAUUGACAAAAAUCGUGUUUCUCGACAAAAGUAACAUUUCGUCUGAUUUUGUAUUGGAGAUAUUGCUCUCUCGCGCAUACUACCGUUUGAAAACAUGCCAUGGCAUGUUGGUCCAAAAUACUACUGGAAUGCUGACGUUGUCCUGCACUUCUAGUCCGACACUACGUCACCGGGUCGUUACAAAUUAGGACUGAAACGCUCCAACACCUGCUGCCCUGAUUAGCCUACCUGCGAUAAGCCAUGUCUGCAGCACUCAUUCCCAGAUUGACACGAAAUCACCAUUGUUGAUUGGUUGCAGCAGUGCUGCACUCUCUCUCCAAAUUUCAGAACGUCUCGCCCAUUUUCAAAGCCGUUUUCAGAAAUGUGAAGUGGGUGGAGUUAUGGGGUGAAGUGACUCUUUAAGGGCACUGCAGCCGUGGAUGUGGGCGUGGGAGAGCAACGCUCAACCACUCCCCCCGCCCACAUUUUUUCGUACUGUUCGGGGAUCGAACUGGCAACCCUACAAGCUCAAAGCCCUAACCGGCUACAAGUUCAAAGCCCUGAUCAGUAAGCCACGGCUGCCAUAUAGUAGUGGUAAUUCUGGCCUUUUAUGGUCUACCUGUCAGAGUGUGGUUACAUGCAAACAAUCAGAUUUUACACCGAACAAAUGAUUUACUUUGACUAAAAAUAAUUUAAUGUAAACAGAGUUUUCCGAUUCAACUCCAGUUUUGCACAUGCAACCACACUGUGUGUAAUCAUAUCAACAUAUUAUGUACUUUUUUAACAUUGUAAAUAAAAUCAGCUUUCAACUA